AAGGGGUAGUAAUAGUUUUCACCGAGGACGAGGAUGCAAUUUGCAAACCCAAUCUCUAUCCGUUAAUAUUGCUUGGACAGUGGACGCAUGCUCCGCGGCUCAUCGCCAUGGCAGCUCUUCCUUCACUCUCCUCGGCCACUUCAACCAGAAUCACAGUAGCCCUUCAUCCUCUUUGUUCUCCAUUCAAGGGAAGUGCAAACAAUCUUAAGGCAACCCCAAGUAAUCUCCCAACUCCCAAACUCCGCCUCAAGGUUAGAGAACCGAGAAGGUCAUUUGUGGUUCUCAAUUCAUCAGCAGCUGCUACUGCUACUACUGACAUUGCUGCUGCUUCACAAGUUAGAUUCCGUCUUGACAAUCUUGCGCCUCAACCCGGGUCCCGAAAGAGGGCCAAGAGAAAGGGUAGGGGUAUAGCUGCUGGCCAAGGAAACAGCUGUGGGUUUGGGAUGAGGGGGCAGAAGUCGAGGUCCGGUCCAGGAAUUCGAAAGGGUUUCGAAGGUGGGCAAAUGCCACUUUACCGUCGAAUCCCAAAAUUGAAGGGAAUUGCAGGAGGCAUGCAUGCGGGUUUACCCAAGUUUGUUCCGGUGAACCUUAAAGACAUAGAAGAUGCGGGAUUUCUAGAAGGGGAUGAAGUAUCCCUGGAGUCAUUGAAAAAAAAGGGUUUGAUCAACCCGUCAGGAAGGGAAAGGAGACUCCCCUUAAAGAUUUUAGGUGAUGGGGAGCUAAAUGUGAAGUUGAAUGUAAAGGCUCGUGCCUUUUCUGCAUCAGCAAGGCAGAAGCUUGAGGCUGCUGGUUGUUCCCUGACUGUUUUACCUGGCCGGAAGAAAUGGGUGAAACCAUCGGUCGCCAAGAACCUUGCGCGUGCAGACGAAUACUUUGCUAGGAAAAGAGCCGCAGCAGCUGCAUCUGACCAGGCUGCAGCCUAACUCAUAUUUAUAAGUUUCAUCACCUAUAUUUUUCACAGAAAUUGAAGAGAUCCCUGCGCAGUAUGUCAAGUCAUUAAAAAGGAGAAGGGGAGGGGAUUUGUCAAUUGCAUCUUCUUGGAUUUGUCCCGCUUUCUAAAUGGAAAUUGAUAAUUCCUUGUAAAAUUUUGUUCAGAUGCAGCUGCCUUCAUUUUAUUUCUCGUUAGCAGUAAUGGAAAAUGCAUGGAUGCAAGUCUCAGUCACCCCAAAA